UCAGGGUACCACCAACUCGAGAUUCGCAAGGAGGAUCGCUACAAGACCGCGUUCAAGACACGGUAUGGGCAUUUCGAAUGGCUGGUCAUGUUGUUUGGCCUUACGAAUGCCCAGCCACUUUCCAAGCGGCUAUGACAACGGAGUUCCGACACAUGCUGGAUCGGUUUGUACUCAUCUACCUCGACGACAUCUUGGUGUAUAGCCGGAGUUUGGACGAGCAUGUGGACCACCUGCGCACCGUUUUGGAGCGGCUAAGACAAGCCAAGUACAAAGCAAACCACGACAAGUGCGAGUCCGCACAGCAGGAGCUGGAGUACUUGGGACACUAUGUGACGCCGCAAGGCAUCCGUCCGCUUGCGGACAAGAUCGAGGCCUUACGAGUAUGGCCCGAGCCCACCAACACCACAGACGUUCGUUCAUUCAUGGGGUUGGCGGGCUACUAUCAGCGAUUCAUCACCGGAUACUCCAGGAUUGCUGCACCUAUGACGAGGUUACAGUCGCCAAAGGUGCCAUUCGUAUUCGAUGACGACGCACGCCGGUCAUUCCAAGCACUUAAAACGACUUUGCUCAUGGCACCCGUUCUUAGCAUCUAUGACCCCACCCUGCCAACGCGAGUGACUACGGACGCUUCCGGCUAUGGCAUUGGGGCAGUCUUGGAACAGCACGACGGCGACGACUGGCACCCUGUGGAGUAUUUCAGCCACAAAGUGCCUCCCAUCAACUCGCUUGAUGAUGCMAGGAAGAAGGAGCUGCUCGCAUUCGUGAUGACUCUCAAGCGCUGGCGGCACUUCCUCCUUGGGCGUCGUAGGUUCACAUGGRUCACAGACAACAAUCCAUUGACCUACUAUAAGACGCAGGACACGGUAAGCAGCACGAUCGGACGAUGGAUGUACUUCAUCGACCAAUUUGACUUCACACCAAAGCAUGUCCCCGGCCUCUCCAAUCGCGCAGCAGAUGCACUCUCGCGAAGACCUGAUCUUUGCGCUAUGACACAUCAUGCCUUCGCAUUUGACGAGGAGCUUCAGCGACACUUCAUCCGGGCAUAUCAGUCUGAUCCGGACUUCGGCACGCUCUAUGCACAACUAUCUUCGGAUCACCCGCUGACCAGCUAUUACCGCAUUGCCGACGGGUACUUGCUCCUCCACUCGAGAGGCAAGGACUUACUAUGUGUCCCACGCGACCGUUGUCUUGGGACUCGCCUCCUCGGCGAGCAUCAUGAUUCACGACUCACCGGCCAUUUCGGAGUCAACCGCACUAUUGCACGGCUUCGACAGCGAUUCCGAUGGCCCGACCUCAUUACCGAUGUCACUCGGUAUUGCGACUCUUGCGAAGUCUGUCGACGCAGCAAGCCCCGCAACCGAAAUCCCUACGGCGAGUUACACCUGAUGCCUAUCCCACGGGAACCCGGUCUCUCCAUUGCCAUGGACGUCACCGGUUCGUUCCUCGCGACCGGCUCGGGCACGACGGCAUCCUCACGGUUGUGGACCGAUUGAGUAAGUACGCGCGUUUUCUCCCUUGCAAGUACUACUCCACGGCUCCCGAG